UAUUCACAAAAAAUGAUUUUCAGAUAGUUCAAGUUAGGAGUUGAAACGGAAGCAUACACUUAAAUAAAAUUUUAAACCAAACAUUUUUUGUGAGUCUUUAUAAUGGAUUUUCCCAUACCAGAAGCGCAAUAUUGGGACAUUUCAAAGAAGUCCCAAAAAGAUUGGCAGAUGAUUCGGAAAUUUGUUCCUGAAGCCGUAGAUCUGGCCACAAUAAGCCGUGGAGAGAUUUACAGGAUUGACACUUUCUACUUGGAGUGCCAGAAGUACAGGGACCAUUAUCGCGAUCCUUAUGGAAAGGUACAUUGUCCACCCUUCUUCCAUUUGCACAAGGGAAAAUGUGGAAUCAAAUUGGACCAUACUUUGGCCAAGAUGACGCAGGCGAUCGCUGGAACUGUUGACCGUCAGCCAAUAGUGUUUCCCCUGAUUCCGAACAAGAGCAUGUUUUUGGGUGGCAGCAUUCCAAUGGGGUCCGUUACCUCCAAAAUUAGCGUCACUAGCUAUGUCAGAUGAUGUUUGUACAUAUUUUAUAGCAAUAUACAUAUGUACAAGCUCUAUAAUUUGCCAAUUAUAUAAAUAUAUAAAACGGUAAUUGAAAUAUA